AUGUCGAUCACCAUGGCGUAUUCAACUGUUGUCCAAGUCAUUAUCUACAAUGCCGGCCAAUGCUAUAAACGCCCACUUGAAUGUGCCGAAGCAGACGGCCAUACGCCCGACAGAAUACAUGUGUUGAUCCAGCUGCCCAGGUUCAUGGUCGUGGCGCUGGCUGAGGUGUACUGUUGGUCUACCGGAUUGGAAUAUUCCUACAACCAUUCACCCAAAAGCAUGAAACUUGUCCUGCAAGCGGUCUACAUUGGACCCCUAGAGCUAGGGUAUGCACUCGGUAUGGCCUCGCCUCUUGCUAUGGAGGUGGUCCUAUGGGAGUGGUGGCUGAAAUGUUGUUCAUAA